AUGGGCGACCUUUGGGCCUUUAUAGACCGGACCGAAUCGCUUUCUGGAGAUCGACCCCGAACACCGCCUUAUUCUUCUAGUGCGAGAGGUAGCGGGAACACACCACCCCCCGGAACUGGUCGAUCGCCACCCUCGCGACCAAAGUACCAGAGUUUCCUUUCAGACACGAGUAAUGCCUGGGAUGAGGAUGGAAACACGUUUGGCUUGGACGAAGAUGAGGAUGAGUUUGGACUGCCGAGCAUAGCAUCAAUGCGAAGGAAAGGCAAGAAGGCGUCAACGAACAAGGCGAAAGAAUCGACUAUCGCAAGCGGUUUUGGAAGCGACAACAGGACACCACAUGCCAAUGCUUCGCGGAAUGGGAGUGUUGCCUCUGCAUCAUCACUUUCGUACGCGCCGGCACUCGAUAACGGAGAUGUGUCGGAAGUACGAGCGAUUCCAGCAUAUCCCACCAUGAAACGAAGCACAGAGGGCCAGAAGAUCUUGCGACCACAGUACAAGGAUAUAUUGCGAGACCCGGCCAACAGUCUGCACCUGAUAUCACAUCCAUCCGUCCCAGCUGGAGCGUCUGCAAAAGAAAUCGAAGCACACUCAGCGCGUAUCACUCGCAUAAACAAGUUCAAGAAGAUCCUCCAGGCGUCGUCAGUGAACCUCGCAGAACUCCGAAAUAGUGCAUGGUCGGGAUUGCCCAGCGAAGUCCGCGCCAUGACCUGGCAACUCCUUCUCGGGUACCUCCCUACAAGCUCAGAACGGCGAGUAAACACGCUUGAACGAAAACGAAAAGAUUACCUGGACGCCGUCCGACAAGCAUUCGAACGAGGCACAAUGGGCGCAUCACAACCCGUCGAAGCAGGAAUGAUCGCUGGGCCCAAUUCCUCGCCUGUUUCGAAUCGCGGUCGAGGCAGAGGUCUAGACGAAGCAAUCUGGCACCAAAUUAGCAUCGAUGUACCUCGAACAAAUCCCCACUUGGAGCUCUACAGCUAUGAAGCGACACAGCGAAGUCUCGAAAGAAUAUUAUACGUGUGGGCCAUUCGACAUCCUGCAUCAGGCUACGUGCAAGGGAUCAAUGAUCUUGUGACACCAUUUUGGCAGGUCUUUCUGGGCCAGUACAUCACAGAUCCGGAGGUAGCAACAGGCAUGGAUCCAGGACAAUUGCCCAAAGCUGUGUUGGACGCCGUCGAAGCAGAUUCAUUCUGGUGUCUGACAAAACUUCUAGACGGAAUACAAGACAAUUACAUUCACGCACAACCCGGGAUCCAACGACAAGUCUCAGCAUUACGUGACCUCACAGCAAGAAUAGAUGGCGCUCUGGCAAAACACAUGGAAAAAGAAGGCGUAGAAUUCAUCCAAUUCAGUUUCAGAUGGAUGAACUGUCUCCUGAUGCGAGAGAUCAGUGUGAAGAACACGAUACGCAUGUGGGAUACAUAUCUCGCCGAAGACCAAGGUUUCUCCGCCUUCCACCUCUACGUCUGCGCCGCCUUCUUGGUAAAAUGGUCGGAUAAGCUCCAGCAAAUGGAUUUCCAAGAAAUCAUGAUGUUCUUACAAUCCCUGCCAACGAGGGAUUGGACGGAAAAGGAUAUCGAAUUACUCCUCAGCGAAGCUUUCAUUUGGAAAUCUCUAUUUGCUGGGUCCAAAGCGCAUGUCAGGCAGAGUUCUGCAGGGAAUGUACCGGCUGGUGGAUUGCAGUUAUGA